UGUUCCAUCCCAUGAGUGAGAGUGAGAGAUGAUAUUAAGUAUUCCUUAUAUGGUUUAUUUAUUGAUUUCGACAAUUACACGCAAAUGUUAGAUUUAAUUCCUUAUCCUAGAAUCUAAAUUUCGCCAUAUUUGUAUUAAACAGUGUACUAGUAGAUCUCCCCUCUUAAAGUUCUUAAAGUUAUUGAACAGAAAUAAUUUUACCAUUAAUAUGACUACCACAACAUCAACAUCGGAUAUGCCACGACAUACACUACGACAGACAGACUUUCUUCCAUCCCGUUUUUCUGGCGAUCAGCUAGAUAGAGACAACUCGACCGCACAUUGUCUGACUUUUGAUGAUUACCUGGACGCACACAAUAUAGACUCAACUGACCCCAACCAAUUCCAGACUAUACUCCGAUCUUUCCGUCGCACAUUGCAGGGACAGGCUAGGCUAUGGAUAGACGGACUGACUUUUAAUUCAUAUGACGACUUGAAAGACGGGUUUGUAAGGAGGUUUAGCCCAGCUAAGUCUUCAUACAGCCAUGUUAGGGACUUUAACACAAUGACGAUGACUGACGGGGAGAGCGCAGAGGCGUAUCUCCAGCGACUUAGACAGACUGCGUCUUACAUCAAUUAUGGCGAGGCACAGAUUAAGCACAGAUUGCUAGAUUCUCUGCCAAAUGAAUGCCGUGCAACAAUAUUGAUGUCUGCCUCAGCCUCUGACAUAACUUGUGACGAAAUAGCAGCUAAGGCGCAGCUAUUUCUUGACUUACGAAAGGACUCGACUCCACAGACAAAAGAACUGACCUUCUCUGCCCAGGCAGAAAUUGAUCUUCUCAGGGAGGAGAUCAAUUCAAUGAAAAUGGCCGACACCCCCAGUAACGACAGAGACCGCGGCAGAGCCCCUAACCGACGAUCUCCAACACCACGACGAAACCACCAUAAUAGGAGUAUCGACCGUAGUUUCCCCCAACGACGACAAGACCGACGUCGUGAUCGGUAUCGUGACUAUCAUCAUGAUACUAGACGCGGUAGGAGCCCAUACCGCAAUAACCGUACCUUUAAUGACCGGCGACCAAGACUGACAUGUGACUAUUGUCGCAUACCAGGACAUGUCUGGCGAGAAUGCCGACGACGACUUAGGGACAUUGAGACACAGCCACGACGUGACUACAAUGUUCAGCGACAAUUCUACAGACAACGGACGGGCUACGGCCAACAGCAACAGGAUUUUUAAGACGGGAAGGAGUCAACAGCGCUCGUUAUCUUCCUUCCCGAUCUAAAAAUCAGACCAGGCCUGACAUUGACUUGACUUCGACUCAUUUAGGGACUGAAGACGUAGAACUUAAGUUGACAGAUAGGAACUUUGUGAAAGGUCGUUUACCUAAUGGCAAGAAUGUAUUCAUUUUGUUCGAUAGUGGAGCAACCAAGACUAUAAUCUCCGCUAAUUAUGUCCAAUCGUCUUCCUAUCUUUCUAGCCUCCCUAAACAGAAAGUAAGACCAGUUAGGUUUAAAAUCGGAAACGGUCAGUUCCUAACAGCGUUUUCUGCUAUCAAACUACAUGUCUUCAUUCAAGGUCACAAGUUUGAAAUAUCUGCUUUGGUUGCGAACAAUCUUGUGGGAGUAGACAUGAUUUUGGGCAACAAUUCCCUUUCUGAUUUAGACGGUACACUCCAUUUUAGGAAUCAUGUAUUCAAAAUUAAAUCUAAGAAGGUCUCAUUUCCCCCCACUAACAAAAUGACCAUUGACCCUGGCACUUCUAAAUUUGUGACAAUACAUGGCAAAGCCCCACCCCACUUGCGCAAUUCUGAUAUCAUAUUGACAGCAAACAGUUACUUAGGCAGGCAUUGUCCAUCUACAAUGAUAGUUAAGUUGGUUAAGGGACAGACACAGCUACUUGUGACUAAUUCAACAGACAAACCACUCCAUUUGGCAAAGGGUAGACCCAUUGCAUAUUUGGAUACUAGCGAUCUUAUAAAUGUGACCCAUGACUUGCCAAUUAAUGACAUUAACAUGACUUUAAACUCCAUGGACAAUUUGAAUGUGACACAGACGAAUUCCAACACAGAUGCUGUUAGAAUUAAUAACUUGGAGAGAUACCCCCACCUUGACCCAAAUGAUUCCAUUGUUGACAUGACAGAAGAAGAAAUAAUAAAGAAACACAUUGACCUGACUGGAAGCAUUCUGUCUCAAAAUGAAAGGCAAGAAAUAGUUCGCAUUUUGAUGGAUAAUAGGGAUGCAUUUUCUCUCUAUGGCGAGCUAUCUAGUUGUCCAAAUUUUGAGGUAGAUAUUGAACUGACUGACAAUGAACCAUUUUUCAUACGACCUUACUUUGCAACUGAAACUGACAAGACUAAGAUAGAGUAUGAGCUUAGCAAACUUGUCAAAUUGGGAAUUUUGGAGGUAGGACAUCAAUCAUAUACUUCACCUGUACUCCUUCUUUCUAAGAAAAACACCACUGACAAAAGGGUUGUGACAGACGUUCGCUAUCUCAAUUCGAGAAUCAAGCGAAUAAAUCACCCAUUCCCCCUACUUUCUGAAACACUCAAACGCAUUGGCAAUGCUAAUACACGAGUUCUUAGUGUGAUUGAUUUGAAGUCAGCUUUCCAUUGUAUUCCCUUAUCCAAAUCAGCUCAAAAAUACACAGGCAUCGCCUCAUAUCAUGGUGGUAAACAUUACUUUUAUAAGCGAUUAGCUCAAGGCUUGAAUGUUUCCCCUGCUAUCUUUCAGGCAAAGAUUGAUGAUAUUUUGGGGUCGAUCCCCAAUUCUCGACAAUUUUGCAUAGCUCAUCAUGACGACAUUAUACUAUUUAGCCGUGACAAGACCACCCAUCGGUCACAUUUAGUAGAUGUAUUGAAGGCCCUUUCUGACAAUGGUCUUAAAGUUAGCCCAAAGAAGUGCAAACUUUUCCGCACUGAUGUUGAUUAUAUGGGACAUAGAAUCACCAUUAAUGAAACAGGAGAGGCAUGUUUUCAGCCCCUACGUGAUAGGUGCGCUGCCAUUCAUACCAUGCCCAGACCAAAGACCCCGAGACAAGUUAGGAGACUAGUGGGAGCAGUUAACUAUGUUGCUGGAUUUUUCCCAAAUAUACAAUCUGUUCUAAAACCACUACAUCAACUGACUAGGAAGAAAAACAAGUUUGUUUGGACUGACCAACAUGAAACUGCCUUCAAU